AUGCGAUUAUCGCUAUUUUCGCGGCCAACAUGGCUAUCUAUCGCUCUUUUGUCAUCACUCUUCCACCUUACGUUCGCCGAGAAAUUAAUUGAAUCGAAAUCCUUGAAUCCAUGUCAGGACAAUUCCGACUUUACCGCUACCUUAUUCAAUGUCGCCUUCACUCCGGAUAACAACAGUCUGGCUUUUGAUGUGGUGGGAGCCUCGACCAUAUCUGGCUUUGUCGUUGCAGAAUUAGAUGUCAUCGCAUAUGGAUUCCAGGCACUCAAAGAGACCAUCGACCCAUGUAAUUCACAACUUCAAGGCAUGUGUCCCAUGAACCCCGGUCAGAUCAAUAUCGAGUCAAAUAUCAAUAUUCCCGAUGACGUUCUCUCCAGAGUGCCUAGUAUCGCAUAUGGUGUCCCUGAUUUGGACGGUGUGGUCAGGAUCUAUAUCAAGGCUCGAGACACAGGCGAGAACUUGGCUUGUGUGGAAGCGGAAUUGUCAAAUGGAAAAACUGUCGAUCAGAAAGCAGUGGGUUGGACAACAGCCAUUAUUGCUGGUCUGGCCUUGCUGGCGUCCGCCGUUACUUCUGGUUUAGGCCAUUCGAAUACCGCUGCUCACGUUGCAGCCAACGCGUUGUCUUUGUUUGGCUACUUUCAAGCGCAAGCAAUUAUUGGUUUGACAGCCGUCGACCUUCCGCCGGUCGUUGCAUCUUGGACCCAGAAUUUCCAAUGGACGAUGGGCAUUGUAAGAGUCGGAUUCUUACAGAAGCUGUGCACUUGGUAUCAACGAUCUACUGGAGGAACACCUUCCUCUAUCCUAUCCAAUUUGCAAAAGGCAUCCGUCGAAGUACAAAAAAGGUCCCUUGGAAAGCGCUCGAUUGACACCACUCAUCGAUUGUUCAUGCGGGCAUACAACGAAAUAGUAAAACGCGCGGGGUCAGACACAGGUUCGUCUGCGAAAGCCAAAACAGUUGUCGUAACGGGCAUCGAGCGAGUUGGCUUUAGGGCGAAGAUUGAGUCAACCAACAUUUUCCUGACGGGAUUGAUUUUCUUCAUCGUCUUCGUGGCCUUAACAGCUAUUUGUGUUGCUCUCUUCAAAGCUUUUUGCGAAGGCGCGGUCAAAGCUGGUUGGUUCAAGGGCGACAAGUUCGAGGAUUUCAGAACUGGCUGGAAGGUUGUCUUGAAGGGUAUUCUCUUCCGCCUUGUGCUCAUUGGCUAUCCUCAAAUCACCAUUCUGUGCUUAUGGGAGCUUACGCAGAGGGACUCUGCCGCCGAAGUCAUUCUGGCCUUGUUCUUCUUCAUCUCCAUGACUCUAGCACUUGGGUGGGCGUCGCUCAAGGUGUGGCGGAUUGCCAAACGAUCGGUACAAAUGCACAAGAACCCGGCCUACAUUCUUUAUUCAGACCCCUCUGCCCUCAACAAGUGGGGCUUCUUAUAUGUGCAAUUUCGCGCAACCGCCUACUAUUUCAUCGUUCCGGUGCUUUGUUACAUUCUGAUCAAGGCAAUCUUCAUCGCUUUCGCCCAAGGGAGUGGCAUUGCCCAGGCUAUUGGCCUUCUCAUCAUAGAGGCCGGCUUUCUCAUCGGUGUCAGCAUUCUACGGCCAUGGAUGGACAAGAAGACGAACGCUUUCAACAUUGCCAUCGCGGCGAUCAAUCUGCUCAAUGUCGUCUUCUUACUCAUCUUCACCGAAGUUUUCAAUCAACCUGGUAUCGUCACCGGUGUCGUGGGCGUCAUUUUCUUCGUCGCCAAUGCUGCCUUCGCUCUAAUUCUUCUACUUCUCGUCUUGAUCGCUACUAUCUACGCCUUUGUUUCGAAAAAUCCCGACACUCGUUAUCAGCCAAUGCGUGAUGAUCGCGGUUCAUUCAUCAAAUCCCAAUCUCAAUUGAAUACAGAGCUUGAUGCGCUUGGAGCCACCGCUCGUGGUGACAAAGCAGGCUUCUACGCACGUGAUAUUGACGGAGACUCGGGAUCAUUCUCCUCGGAUGGUAAACACACCGGUGAUGCCGCUGGGGUGCCACUCCCACCUUCAACUUCCCAUUCAACACGAGAGCCCCCUCGCUCGCCAAUUGACCCAAGCCACCAGUAUCUCCCUAGCGACGGCGGCAAUCGUCACAUGUACAACAAUGAAAACGUCAGCUCACGACCAGGGGCUGACAUGCCGUUCCUCGGUAGCGAUCGAAGGCCAGAAUCAUCGCCAUACCGACGAGCGCCGUCGUCGCAUUCGAGUAAAGGAGGUCACGCAGCCUACAGGCAACAGAACAAUUCAAGUCCCUGGCAACGAGGAGCAGGCUACGACCAUUGA